AUAGCCGGCUGGGUGUACGCGCGUUUGGGUGGCGGGCUUGCUGCAGCGGCAGAGGCUGCCCUGGGGUGUGGGGAGCAGCAGCCGCAGCAGGAAGGAGGGGCUGCAGCGUCUCCCCGGACGGGGCGGGGGCUUGGAAUCCCGUCCAGCAUGUGGCGCGAGCCUUGGUGAAGAAGAGCAGCGGCUCACCUGGGGCGAGGUUUUGUGACCAUUCAGCCUGGGAGGAACAGCGGUGUGUCACCCGUGGAAAGCAAAUUAAGGCAACAUGGAUAUCUCGAUUCUACAGUUAUAUUGAACAAGUACAGAAUUUGGUACUAGUUAUCCUAGGAUUUUUAGCUUUUCAUUGGAAACCUAGAAAGAUGGGAAAAUAAAGCUGCCUUUAAGAAAUGCAAAAUACCAUGGUCUCACCCAAGAAAACAACAGCCCCCUCCUGCUGUCAUAAGGGCUACAAGUGAAGACGACAAUCUAUUUUGAUCCUUCAUCAAGGCUUUGCUGUGAUCAAACAGUGAAAAGAGGCGUCUUCCCCAUGACAACAUGUCAGCAAAAGAUAUCAGCCCCCGCCAUGGUGCAAAGUCCCGCACUGUGCAGCGGGCCUCAACUAUUGAUGUCACGACUGACAUGUUAGAUUUGUCUUUGGCAGGUAACAGCCAAGAUCCGGAUGAGCCAAUCUUAGAAUUCAGUUUAGCUUGCAGCGAGCUCCUUACCCCAUCGCUAGAUAGAAAGCCAAAUAGUUUUGUAGCAGUGAGUGUAACUACACCACCUCAGGCAUUCUGGACAAAGCAUGCUCAGACAGAGAUUAUUGAGGGAACAAGCAACCCUAUCUUUCUAAGCAGUAUUGCCUUUUUUCAAGACUCUCUUAUUAACCAGAUGACACAAAUAAAACUUUCUGUGUAUGAUGUUAAAGAUAGAUCUCAGGGAACUAUGUAUCUAUUGGGUUCUGUGAUGUUCACUGUAAAGCAGCUACUUAAGGAGAGGAACCAUAGGUUGCAUUUAACACUAAGAUCUGCUGAAAGUGAUCGUGUUGGUAACAUUACAGUCAUAGGAUGGCAAGUGGAAGAAAAAACAGACCAAAGGCCUCCAGUUACCAGGUCUCCUGACACCAUCAAUGGAAGGACUGUGCUGUCAGUUGAUGAAAGUUUAACAGAAUCUUUAGGAAUCCGAUCCAAAUAUGCUUCAUUACGGAAAGACGUAUUGUUAAAAUCCGUGUUUGGAGGGGCUAUUUGUCGGAUGUAUCGCUUCCCCACCACUGAUGGGAACCACCUGCGGAUCUUGGAGCAAAUGGCAGAGAGUGUGCUCUCCCUACACAUUCCCAGACAGUUUGUGAAACUGCUACUUGAGGAAGAUGCUGCCAGGGUUUGUGAACUUGAAGAACUGGGAGAGCUGUCCCCUUGUUGGGAAAGUCUUCGUCGGCAAAUAGUUACUCAGUACCAAACGAUUAUUCUAACGUACCAGGAAAACCUCACAAAUCUUCACCAGUACAAAGGUCCAUCGUUCAAAGCAAGUAGCCUGAAAGCUGACAAAAAGCUGGAAUUUGUGCCCACAAAUUUACACAUACAGCGAAUGAGGGUCCAAGAUGAUGCAGGAUCAGAUCAGAACUAUGAUAUUGUAACUAUAGGAGCACCAGCAGCUCACUGUCAAGGCUUUAAGUCUGGAGGCCUGCGGAAAAAGCUGCACAAAUUUGAAGAUGCCAAGAAACAGAAGAUUCACUCCAAAACCACGAAGAUUAGAGCCAGUUUAUGGAAAGAGUUUGACAGAAGGAGCGCUUCGACCAAUACCCAGUCAAUAGUGUACAUACCACAAGAUAUUAUCCGAGCAAAGGAGAUUAUUGCACAGAUCAAUACCCUGAAAACUCAAGUUAGUUACUACGCAGAAAGACUCUCCAGAGCUGCCAAGGACAGAUCCGCCAAUGGGCUUGAAAGAACACUUGCCAUUCUGGCAGAUAAGACACGGCAGCUUGUCACUGUCUGCGACUGCAAACUGCUGGCAAAUUCAAUACAUGCGCUGAAUGCUGCAAGACCAGAUUAUAUAGCUUCAAAGGCCUCUCCAACCUCUGUAGAGGAAGAGCAAGUGGUGCUGAGGAAUGACCAAGAUACGCUGGUGGCCAGGUGGACAGGAAGAAAUAGCCGAUCUUCUCUACAAGUGGACUGGCAUGAAGAAGAAUGGGAAAAAGUCUGGGCGAAUGUUGACAAAAGUCUUGAAUGCAUUAUCCAGAGGGUGGACAAACUCCUCCAGAAAGAACGUUUACAUAGUGAUAGCUGUGAAGAUGUUUUCCAGUGUGACACCAGCUGUUCUAGCAAGAAAGGUAAACGGGAUACCCGUGCGUACUGGAUAAAGCCACACACCUCAUCAUCUUCAUCAUCUUCAUCAUCCCCAUCAUCUUCAUCCAUAUCAUCCUCUGCAUGCCAUUGUCCCCAAGACACAAAUUGCAGUCCCACUCCUGAAGAGUCUGGCCCAGGUGAAUGGAGUGAGGCCCUUUACCCAUUGCUGACAACACUCACAGAAUGCGUAGCCAUGAUGAGUGACAAGGCAAAGAAAGCGAUGGUCUUUCUCUUGAUGCAAGAUAGUGCCCCUACAAUAGCUCUUUGCUUGAGCCUUCAGUACCGACGGGAUGUUGUCUUUUGCCAAACUCUCACAGCCCUUAUUUGUGGCUUCAUUAUCAAGCUGAGGAACUGCCUGCAUGAUAAUGGAUUUCUGAGGCAGCUCUACACCAUUGGUCUGCUGGCACAGUUUGAAAGCCUUCUGAGCACUUAUGGUGAAGAGCUGGCAAUGCUAGAGGAUAUGAGUGUUGGGAUAAUGGACUUGAGAAAUGUAACGUUUAAAGUAACUCAGGCCACAUCAAAUGCAUCUGCUGACAUGCUACCAGUCAUUACAGGAAAUCGGGAUGGGUUCAAUGUGAGAAUUCCGCUGCCAGGCACCUUGUUUGAUGCACUGCCCCGUGAAAUUCAGAGUGGCAUGUUACUGAGAGUUCAGCCCGUUCUCUUCAAUGUGGGGAUAAAUGAACAACAAACCUUAGCAGAGAAGUUUGGAGACACCUCUUUACAAGAAGUGAUUAACAUGGAAAGCUUAGUGCGGUUGAAUUCCUACUUCGAGCAGUUCAAAGAAGUUUUGCCUGAAGACUUGAUGUCAUGUCUCAAGAGCCAAUUAAGAGAAGAAGGGCAAGCUGAGACAACUGAGGUUGAAUUGUUGUUAGCAGGACCAAGUACAGGUCUACCUCGAUCUCGUAGUCAAACGUGCCUGCCUGAACUGUUACGGUUUCUUGGACAGAAUGUACAUGCAAGGAAAAAUAAGAAUGUUGACAUUCUUUGGCAAGCUGCUGAGAUUUGCCGCAGACUCAAUGGUGUUCGGUUUACAAGCUGUAAAAGUGCCAAGGACAGGACUGCCAUGUCAGUGACUCUAGAGCAGUGUCUAAUAUUGCAGCAUGAACAUGGAAUGGCUCCACAGGUCUUCACACAAGCCCUGGAGUGCAUGAGAAGUGAGGGUUGUCGAAGAGAAAAUACAAUGAAGAAUGUUGGAUGUCGCAAGUAUGCAUUUAAUUCCCUGCAGCUGAAGGCUUUCCCCAAGUAUUACAGGCCUCCUGAAGGAACUUAUGGAAAAGUUGAAUCAUAAGAUUACUCUGUCCUGUAAUUAGUUGUUCCGUUAAAAAGAAAUGUGGAUACACCCAAUUUUAGUAUAUGAACUUUGACAACAAUGUCAGAAACAAUUUUUUGUACGUUUCACUAGUUAAUACCAAGCAUGUACUUUUAUUAAAUUGGCUUCCAUAGGAAAAAUAUUAUUUACUGACCCCCUAUAACAUGAAAAUGUGAUGACCGUCUGCUCAUGUAACUAGCCAUCAGUGUAUGUAAGAUGCCUGUUCCAUUGAUUUCUUACUUAUAUGCCUAAAUAAGAAAGGUAAUUCCUGGACUGUUGAUGAUUUUAUGAAUGAAGUUUAGGCAGCUGUUUCACACAUCUUUUUAUACUGAUUUGAUUUGAGAGUAAGACUUUCAUAUAAUACUUUUUUAAAAAACCUCAGACUUUGUAAAUAGUAAAUGAAUUGGAUGUGAGGCAAUUUGAUAAGUACAAGCAGCAUUGUUAUGCAGGAGAAGCUAAAACUCAGUUUUUAAGACAGUGCAGCACUGUAAUAUAAAUGCCAGGACCUUAAAAUGUUUUCCUUUAUGUAGGACACUAUUGUAUAAGUGGUAUGUACUAUACAGCAUCAGGAAUUGACACAAAGCCCAGAUCAAAAACUGGACUGGACCCAUGAUUCUUUUAGUUGUCUUUAAAAUUUUACAAAGUAGGUUCAAGGAAAAGAAAGUUGCACAUGGCAAAAUAGUUAAUGUGACUAGUAAUGCUCUGGGCAGAGGACUCAAAAGACAAGGUACACAUCCUUAAUUGGCACUGUAAAUUAGAUACAAAAGUGCAUUCUGGUUUGGCCUUUGAAGUGCCAAGGAGGCUGAGUCCCCUGCAUAUCUGCAUCAUCAGAGGCAUCCAACCUAUUUCAGUUUGCACCUCUUUCUGUUUAUAUCCAUCAGCUUACUGCACACAGCAGUGCCAUUCAGUGGAAGGCAAAUAUUCAGAAGUUCUCUCUCUCUCUUUUCAUGCAAAAGAUGAUAUUAUACAACUUCACUUGUGCAAGCAGCUGUUCGAUGUUUGCAAGCCUUUUGCCAAGUAUGCUUUCUGGAUUUACAGCCAGGUUCUAGGACUAAAUUAGAUGCACUUUAACCAUUUGGAAUUGGUGGUUCCUUUCUUUUCCUCUGUCUUCAGGCUUUCAAAUAUUUUUACUGUAUUGUAUUUAACUUUUACUAGGAGUAAACCCAUUGAUAUUAAAGGCCAUGACUAACUUAGACCCACUAAUUUCAGUGAGUCUACUCCACAUAAUAGUUGAAUACAGCCCAUAGGUAAUGAAAACUAUUAAGUACAUAGGGGAUUCCUACUUUCAGAUCAUUGUUUUACACAAAAGCCAAAUGUUUCUCAUGAACCCAUAAUUCAUUGAUGAUAAGGCUACACAUUGAACUGGUAUAGGUGUAACACUAAACCAUAGUUCAGUGUUAUGUGAUCAUUUGGGCUCACACCUCCACAAUUACAACUUUGAUGAGUUGGGAAUUUCUUCUUCUUUUUAAACCAGAUGCAGUUUAUCGUUAUCAGGGGUGCCAACUUGAAUAAAAUAUUGGGGGCCCAGGCAAGUCCUGCCCCACGUAAUUGAUCAUGUGACAUGGCACAUGCACACCAUUUGAAUGGCAAUGCCCAUCAACUUUGGAAGGGCCCAGCC